AUGCCUCGUCGACCUGCCCCCACUGCACUUCAUCUCGUCAAGGGCCCUUCCCCCGCGAGGGGGGAGCCUCGACAUACUCUUCCUGCACCACCGCAGCCUGUAUUCCAACCCAAGAUGAUUACCAAGCCGCGCUCGAGCUCGACCGCCUCUCGAAGCAGAGUAGAUGCACCGCUGUUGACGUUUGUUGGGCCAGACCCAACGGAUAAGAGUAGUGUAGAUGGCGUGAUGUUUGAGUCUCCGAUAGAGAGGGGUUACAUUCCUCAGUGGGACGCCAACCCUGUCGCUGUCACUGGGGCAAGCCGAAGAGCUCAGCCCGGCCCAUGGGACCGUACACGAAUCAAUGCGCUACCGCAAGAACGGAUGACAGGACUCAUAGCCGUUCCUAAACCCGUGGUCGCCAAUCCUGCACCACUUUGCCGGCGGUACAAACACGUGACUGUAGGCAACUCGACCGCGUCCACCUACUUUCGGCCCAAAAUGUUCAGCUUCGGAUCUGCUGCUGCGAAACCCGCUACGACUGGAUUCGGAGGAUCACUCUUUGGACAAGCCAACACGACACAAGCAACUCCCGCUACGACCGGAGGACUAUUUGGGGCUGGUGCAAAUACCAGUGGUCAACCAGGAAAUGCACCUACUACUACUGCUACGAACACAGGAGGGCUGUUUGGCUCUACUCAGCCCGCAGCUGGCACUAGCACAGCAACCACUGGAAGUGGAUUGUUUGGCACACAACAGCCCACUACUACGGCCACAACAGGUGGAUUGUUUGGAGCUCAGCCUGCUGCUACGACCGCCACUACCGCCCCUACUGGUGGACUAUUUGGCGCACAGCCAGCUGCGAGUGCUCCAACCGGAGCUGGCCUAUUUGGUGCCCAGACCGGAGCGAAUGCCGCCGCCGGUACCACUGGGUCCUCAUUUGGCUUUGGCGCAUCAGCAGCUGCUCCUGCUCCUGCUCAGCCUGCCGCCCAAGCGUCAGGUCCAUUCACCCGAACGACGAAAUUCAACGACUUGCCAGACGCACAAAAGAAGGUAUUCGAAGAAAUCGAGCGAGUACAAAUCAGUGUCGAGCUGAAAGCCCAAAAACUUGGAGAGGAGAUUGCAAAAGAGCAAGCAGCCUUGGAUGAAUUGACCAGGUCACUAUCCGCCGCCAGCUCGGCCCUGUCAUCCGACCGUCUUGCAGCAGACGACCAGCGCACUAAAACAGACCGGAACCUCCAAGACGCGCUUAUUGCGACUCGAAUCAUCGAUGGGUUUACCAAGCCGCAGCAGAUGGGAGGAUACCUCACCAGCUAUGCCAACUUUCCCCUUGAGUACUUUACUCGACAAGUAGAAGAAAUGAAAGAGCGUGUGCAGAGAUACAAAUCCACCGUCGAGCAAAUCGAACGUAAGCUCGCUCAGGUCUACGAAGCAAAUUCGGCACAACCCGCCCAACCGUCUCCACAAGCAAUCGCCAACGCCCUCCGCGCGCAACACGCAUCGUUCAUGGCCCUUGCAGCACGCACCGCCGAAAUCGACGCCGCGGUCAGAAACACAAGGCCGCGUAUACAACGAGGUGGAGAGCCCAGACCGGAUCCGCGCGCGAUCCGUUUGCGCCCGCGAGUAAAGAAGACGAUACGUUGGAUGCGUUGA